UCAGACCGCAUGGUGACGGAACUCUAUAUGAAGCUGCAGCUACGAUGAAUCUGGUUGAAAAGAAGCUGCUCGCCAUAUUCCUGGUAUUCGUCGCUCCGGCUACGAGAGCAUCAUGCGAAUAUGUCGACAUCUUUGAGGUGAUUGGAGGUUUGCCACAUGUAAGAGCAAUUUAUACUUUUCCCGCUGAGGAAGCAGGUGACCAGAUGUGCAUGCGUGCGAAUUUGACAACAUUCAACCCCUAUGCUGGUAAAGCUUCAUACUUUUGGUCCUGGAUAGAUGACACAGGAAAUAACAAGUCUCUCACCAUCGAUAUAUCCAAAGGAGAUUCGCCUGAUGUAGUAAAUGAUAUUCUUUCCAGCGAUCCUGAGCACCCAGUCUUGGCCACUAUACCCUUCGCUGUUGAGAAGAUCUGCUUCGUUCUGAAAACUGCUGACCUCCAAGGCCAGUGCAUAUUGUGGGUGGACGAAGCAAUAAAGGACAACUACCCGGAGAAAUGCGCUCAAGGGUACAAGGCAGCAUGCCCUGAAGGAGUUUUGCUGUCACAAGAAGGUUGCGUGUGACGCACUCAACGCAUCUUGAGGAGAAAGAGAAUAAUAAAAGGAUUCAAUGCGUA